GGAAACUGUAUUCCAAGUGUUAGUUUGCUUACAGAGCUGAUCAACUGAAAUUAUUUUUUGUUCUUGGUAUAUAUCUUGCUUUUAUAAUUGCUAUUAAUGGGAUCAUCUUCUUCUAAAACCCUCCAUCCACUUCUAAAAGAGCCAUGGAUUCAGAUUGACUGGGAAGAAGAUCGAGAGAGUGACUUGGAGUUCUUAAGGAGCUACAAACCUCGAGCUGAUAGCCAGCAGCUCAGGAUUCUUCUUCAUGGUCCAGUAGGAACUGGAAAAUCGAGUUUCAUUAACUCUGUAUCCAGCAUCUUCCAAGGCAGAGUGUGCAACAAAGCUCUUGUGAAUAAUGCUGCAGAAAACAAUGGCACCAAAAAGUAUUCCACGUAUAUGUUCCAAAGGGAAAGUGACCAGAAGUUUUACCCUUUUGUUAUAAAUGACAUGAUCGGUCUGGACAGUGCCGGCAGGAGAAACAGAAACAUCCACGUAAAAGACAUCAAAGAGGCAAUGAGUGGACACAUAAAAGAUGGUUACACGUUCAAUCCUGAAUGCAAGAUAUUGAACGAAGAUCGACACUUCCAAGAUUGUCCUACUGCCAAUGACAAAGUACAUGUGCUGGUUUGUGUCAUUGAUGCCACCAAAGCAACUCACCUGAAACCGAAAGUUGUGGAAACAAUUCAGAACUGCAGAGAUGAAGCUGCAGACUUGGGUAUUCCUCAUGUAGCCAUUUUUACUAAAAUUGAUGAGGCUUGUCCCAUGAUUAGAAAAGAUGUAACAAAUGUUUACAGGAGCAAAUUGCUGAAAUCAAAGAUAGAGAGAUUCAGCAAAAAUGUGGGGAUCCCGCUGAGCAGCAUCUUUCCAGUUAAGAACUACCUUACAGAGAGGAAACUAAAUAAUGACGUAGAUGUCCUCAUCCUGAACGCAAUGAGACACAUCGUUGAAAUUGGAGAUGACUUUCUUAACAAAAAAUGAAGAUUCUAAUCCUGAGCAAUCUGAACACUGCUAUACCUACACCAUGGUUUAAGUUACUGUAAAUGUCACAGUUGCAAAGUGUGGCUCUUCGUUUUGUAUAUAUGUGCAAAUACUUGCAAGCAAGUAAAGUCCAAUGAAAUCAUAGUAUUUUCC